AUGCCCCGCGUCCCCACAACCAAGGAGGUCGUGCCCGGCGCACCCGUCAACAUCGUCUUAAAAGCCGACCAACCAACCGGUCGCACAGUCUCGGGGACCAUUGCCGCCGUGCUGACUCGCGGGAACCAUCCGCGGGGCAUCAAGGUCCGACUCACGGAUGGUCGUGUUGGGAGAGUGCAGUCCAUGGGGAUGGGGGGGAAUUCGCAACCGGCAGCGACAGCGACAGAGGGACAGUGGACGAGGAGAGGCGAUCCUCCCGGGGCCGAGGUCCCCUCGUCGAAUGUCGGCCUCGAUGCCUAUGUGGUUAAUGCCAGACCGCGGCAAAACCGGAGAAACGAACGGCGAGAUGAGCAUCAGGACGAGCCUAAGGAGGAAGGCCCGACGGUGACUUGUCCUGUUUGUGGGGAUUUUGAGGGUGAUGAGACGGCUGUUGCGCAUCAUGUGGCUGGUCAUUUCGCUGACUGA